UCAUUGCUUUACAUUAACAAACACUCAUUGCCAAGAGCUGCCAAAAAUAUUUAAGGGGCCUUACAUUUUACACAGGAAAGUAGUUACAGACACUUUUUUUUGUGGAAGCUCAAAGCUGAUGUUGUAGAGAUGGCUGAAAAACCCUCUAGAGAAAUAGAGGAAUCAUCAUCUGAGUCUGACAACGAGUCCACCCCACCUCUGCCUCAUACUUCUGCAGCACACCCCACAGCUAGAGCAGCAGCAAAUGAGGAGAAUGAUUAUGUAAUCAGAGUGAGUCUUAAACGGAAAUUUGAAAACAAUGAAACAACAAAGGCCAAAAAACGUAAAACAAUGCCAGAGAUUGGCAACCAGUCCAAAUCUGCCACCUACUCAUACAUAGUAAGGAUGCUUGGCCCUAGGGGUGAAGGGCCAGGAAACCAGAAGAGACUAAAAAUGUCGGAGAGAUCAAAUCAGAGGAGUGAUGAAGUCAAACCAUUAGAAAAAAACGAAAACCCAGCUGAGGAAAAUGAAGAAGCCAUAUUAGAGACUCACAGCGAUUCCACCCCAACACAGCUGUGUCGUAAUUGUCUGAAAAACCUAAAGAUCAUAGAAAAGAGAUUCGUCUACACCAACGAAGACAUCUCCUUCGAGUUUGGCAAGCCUCUGGCAUCUACGAGCACACUAUCAGCGAGUGAUGGCAGCACUCUGCCCAGUGGUAACAAACUGUUCGAGAUAAAUCUCAAGGAAGCCUGGGCUUGCUGCAGACAAAAAAACUACUCAGCAGCUGCGGAGUACUUUUCAAGGGCUCUAGAGCUUUGCAACAGAGGCAUUUGUGUAGAAAAUCCCUUGGAGGCAUCUGCAGAUGAUAUUUCCAGUAUUGCCAGUUUUAUUGAGACAAAGCUUGCAAUGUGCUACUUAAAACUGAAGAGGCCCAGUGAUGCUCUGACUCAUGCACACAGGAGCAUUAGUAAGAAUCCAGCUUGCUUCCAGAACCACAUGCGCCAAGCUGCUGCAUUUAGGGCCUUAGGAAGAUACUCAGAAGCUGCAAGGAGCGCCAUGAUUGCUGACUAUAUCUACUGGCUAAGAGGAGGCACUAAACAGCAUACAAGCAAGUACAUCAGAUACUAUUGGCAGACUAUGAUUGAAGAAGCCAUUGCUACCCAGUCGUCUUUUGCAGUUAUGUACACACCAUUUGAGGCAGAAGAAAAGGAUUACAGUACAACAAGCAAGAUGCAGCUUAAAUUUGCUGAAAAGAACCCUGAAUACUUGCAGUACCACUAUACAGAUCCUCAGGGAUUUCACUUCUUGCCAAAAUCAACUAAGCGGCUAUCUCGAUCUCCCAGGCCAUACUUUCUGACCUUGGGUUUCAGAUGCAAAACUGUUGGAAAACUCGUGGAAAGGUGGACAACCAGAAAACUGUCAAUACUUUCAGACCGGAAUGCGUCUUUCAAUACUCUCAUGGACAAGGAAGCAGAGCAAUAUUGGGAAAUCAUUGGGCAAAAGGUCAUGUCAGCAAUGGAUUUUAGAAGAAGCACCAAGUUAACUGACCGUUGCCCAUGCUCCCGUGCCAUAGAGAAGCUGCAGCAGGCCAGCCUCUUUGGCCGCAUGAACAACCUGGAGAUACGGGACCAGCUACUGGAGCAAGUGCUGGCUGAGAUUGCAACCCUUCCCUACCUGCAGGACGUCAAUGAGGAGGAUAACAAACUGCUGGAGCUGCUAAUGGCAGAUGCCAUGGACACCCUCGGAGGAAGAAUUGAUAACCAACGUGUGUGGAAUGAAAUUCCAAAGAUUGGACUCCUUGAAGACUACUCGUAUGAAGUAGAAGACAACUACAUAAAGCCCAAAAUUCUGAACGAAGCAAGAAAAGGAAAAAGGAAGCAGACUCCAAGUUUACAGCAAGCUGAGAGUCCCAAAAAGGCAUCAAGAAGGACACCAGCAGGAACACCACAAACACUAAGAAAUGCACAAGGAAGCACACAACAAAGCAGACUACAAAGAAUGCCAGAAAGCACACUACACAGCAGAUCACAAAGAACAUCAAGAAAUGUGCCACAAAGAAGAUCACAAAGAACAUCAGAAAGUAGAGCACAAGACACAGCAGGAAUUGCACCAGAACUGUUGUCUCUUAUCCGCCCCUGUUCCGUAGUUCUUGAGCAAUUAGACUUUCUGCCAUAUACCUUGGGUAGAUAGAUAAGUACAAGCUCCCUUUCCACUUAGGAACCCUUCCCCUCACUGUCUCCUUCCCCUUGCUGCACCAAACCCAUCAGUUUUCCCAUGGUCUGCCCAGCCUUAGAGAACAAUGCCCUUUAGCCAUGUUAGAGAGGAGUUUGAUUCUGUAUUAGAAGUCUGUUGUAUUGUACCCCAUUUAACAUUAUUAAACAGUUUAUUCAAAGUCUAAAGAAAA